GACAUCAGCGCCGACGCCGACACAAUCAAGCAACUGCAAAAGGAGACCGAGAAGCUCGCUUCGCAAAAGAAGUAAAUAAGCAUACUUCGAUGACCUGCACGCCUCGGAAAUACCCAGCAAUACACGAAAGAGCAUGAUUUGUAUAUUAUCAGGAGCAUGGUCGAGAUUGUAACGGAUUGCCCUUCGUCUUUGUAGCAUAGUCGAAAUCGACUCCAAACAUUUCAAAAUUCUCCGUCAAUGUCGACAGGCUGCGCGCUAUACGCUGCGGUAUCAAGCAAACAUGUGUCGGAAGGUUAUUCAAUAUGAGCUGAACACUGAGCCUAGGCUCUGUGCUUGUUCUUGGUUGAUGGCAGGGGCAGACAGCGGGGCGCUCUUCGUUCAAACUUUGUGUCUCAUAGCUGCUUACUCUACCUUCUUAGAAUCUCCUCCAGGUGCCGGUUAUGCAGAAGCAUUGGUGGCUGCCAUGUCGGGAGUCCUUCCCAUGACCUACCUGUAUGGCUUCCCUCAGCUGCCUUCAAGCACUGCUUCAUGCGCUCUGCGUUUCUUGCUAGGAGAAGUGGCUUGGAAGUAGUCGACGUUUCCUACCAAGGCGUAGGCCCCAUGACCUGAACAUAUCCAAGUCCAAAACGCCUCGACAAAUUCGCGCAAUGACAGCUCAUUUCGUCCCACGCAGUCCUG